GCGGGUGCACCCAUAUCAUAAGAGCAUAAUAAUCGGUGUCUAUAUAAGAGUGCUAUACUAGUAUAAUAUACUGCGCAACACAGGACGGCAGUUCACUCAUCACAAGCUGCCAGUCUGUCUGUUAGUCGAACGAUCAGUUCGUCCUAAGCAGAUGAAAAUGUCUCCGGAAAGACGAGGAGCGGAGGGCAAGGAAGAAGGAUCGGGGAUGGCUUCUGCUGCGCUCUCGGAGGCGGGGGCAGUCCAGCCAAGGAACAAGGGCAAUUUCAAGUACGCCUUCACCUGCGCCCUCUGCGCUUCCAUGGCCACCAUCGUCCUUGGCUACGACGUUGGGGUGAUGAGCGGUGCGUCGCUGUACAUCAAGAGGGACCUGCAGAUCACGGACGUGCAGCUGGAGAUCAUGAUGGGCAUCCUCAGCGUGUACGCGCUCAUCGGGUCCUUCCUCGGCGCGAGGACGUCCGACUGGGUCGGCCGCCGCGUCACCGUCGUCUUCGCGGCCGCCAUCUUCACCACCGGCUCCUUGCUCAUGGGCUUCGCGGUCAACUACGCCAUGCUCAUGGUCGGCCGCUUCGUCACCGGCAUCGGCGUGGGCUACGCCAUCAUGGUCGCGCCCGUGUACACGGCCGAGGUGUCGCCCGCGUCGGCCCGCGGCUUCCUCACGUCUUUCACCGAGGUGUUCAUCAAUGUGGGCAUCCUCCUUGGCUACGUCUCCAACUACGCCUUCGCGCGCCUCCCGCUCCACCUUAGCUGGCGCGUCAUGCUCGGCAUCGGCGCCGUCCCGUCCGCCCUGCUCGCGCUCAUGGUGUUCGGCAUGCCGGAGUCGCCCCGCUGGCUCGUCAUGAAAGGCCGCCUCGCGGACGCCAGGGCCGUGCUGGCCAAGACCUCCGACACGCCUGAGGAGGCCGUGGAGCGCCUUGACCAGAUCAAGGCUGCCGCCGGCAUCCCUAGGGACCUUGACGGCGACGUGGUCGUCAUGCAUAAGACAAAAGGCGGCCAGGAGAAGCAGGUGUGGAAGGAGCUCAUCUUUUCGCCGAACCCAGCCAUGCGGCGAAUACUGCUCGCGGCGCUCGGCAUCCAUUUCUUCCAGCAGGCGACGGGCUCCGACUCCGUCGUGCUGUACAGCCCACGCGUGUUCCAGAGCGCGGGCAUCACCGGCGACAACCACCUGCUCGGGGCCACAUGCGCCAUGGGGGUCAUGAAGACGCUCUUCAUCCUGGUGGCCACGUUCCAGCUCGACCGCGUCGGCCGGCGGCCGCUGCUGCUGACCAGCACGGCCGGCAUGCUCGCCUGUCUCAUCGGCCUUGGGACGGGCCUCACCGUCGUGGGUCGGCACCCGGACGCCAAGGUCCCGUGGGCCAUCGGCCUGUGCAUCGUGUCCAUCUUGGCAUACGUGUCCUUCUUCUCCAUCGGCCUCGGGCCCCUCACCAGCGUGUACACCUCGGAGGUCUUCCCGCUGCGGGUGCGCGCGCUGGGCUUCGCGCUCGGCGCGUCAUGCAACCGCGUGACCAGCGCCGCGGUCUCCAUGUCCUUCCUGUCCCUGUCCAAGGCCAUCACCAUCGGCGGCAGCUUCUUCCUGUACGCCGGCAUCGCAGCGAUAGGAUGGAUUUUCUUCUUCACCUUCAUUCCGGAGACGCGUGGCCUGCCGCUCGAGGAGAUAGGGAAGCUUUUCGGCAUGACGGACACGGCCGUCGAAGCCCAAGACACGGCCACAAAAGACAAGGCGAAAGUGGUGGAGAUGAACUAGUGAGCCAAAAGUCACCCAACUGUUGCUAAUGUACCAUAGAAGAUGUAUCUGAUCAACGUGGUAAUAUACGUGUCACGGAAUCGUGGUGCUCAUUGAUGGAUUGUUUGGACAAAAUUUCAAGAGAAUUGUUUCAAGAUUGGAUCAA